CCAGAAGCCUCCCAGACCGACUUUUUCGCUCUCUCUUUUCCUCCUCCUGCUUUCUAAACAGCCUUCUUCACUCCCUCAGACGACUGCCUCCUUAACUGCGGCUCUUCCUCCAACGCCACCUUCUUCAUCGGAGAUUUCAAUUCCGGCUCGGGUUUUGUCUUCAACAACAAAAUCCCACCUCCAAACUCACCCUCUCCUUACCACACAGCAAGAGUUCUCACCACUGCUUCAAGCUAUAGCUUAAGCAUCAGGAAAAUUGGAACUCACUUGCUUUGACGAUAUAAUGGAACCUGUGCUGAUUCGUGCAAUGGAAUCUUACAAAUGCCAUUAUAAGAUCAGAGUUUGAAUAUCAAGAUUGUGGAGAGCAAAAAAGUACAAUACUGACAAAAAUGAUGGUCUGCAAUGCGUUUUGGUUGAUGAAAUGGGUGAUGCAGUUCAUGCAAUUGUAACUGAAUCUGAUUACCACCUGGUUCACAAAAAAUUGCAUCAAGGCAAAGUGUAUGAUAUUGAUCAUUUCUUAACACGAAAAAGCCAGGAGAGUUACAAAAUUGUUGAUCAUUAAGUGCAAGUGUACUUCAAUGCAAAGACUGUCUUUGAACCAGUUGAAGAAAGCUUCCCACCAAUUCCACAACAUCGGUUCUAUUUUGUAGAUUUUGACCAGCUGAGGGCACGCAUUAACAACAAUACAAUUCUCUCAGAUGUUUAUGGCUGUUUGAAGUCAGUUCUACUAGUGCGUCAAGCUCCUGUCAAGGAUAAAGAGGAAUCAAAAUGUGAAAUUUAUCUACAAAACUUAAGAAGAGAAGAUCUUAGAGUCACUCUCUGGGGUAACAUUGCCAGACAGUUUGACAUACAGAGCAUUAAAAAUCUGUCUCCACCAGUGCUCAUAGCGUUGACCAGUUUAAAGAUUAAGGAGCUCAUGGGCUGCCGUUGCUGUUAAUGAGAAGCUCGAUUGCUGGUAUCUCUAUUUUAACGCAGUAGAAGGCACCGCAUUCUGAGACCUCGAUGAUCGAUUGGACCGGUUUCAAGUAUCGUUUGAAAGCCUUCUUUACUAUUCAUUUUGGGAAACUUUUGAACUUUUGAUUUUGUGAAUUGAGCUCAUUUGAUCAAAUUGGAGGAUCCGAUUGAGCAAUCAGAGAUAUAUGAGAGACUCCAGGUAAGCUUCUUAUUUGAUCAAAUGGUUUGACAUUUUGGGUGCAAUUGAUUGGGUUUUUCAAUUUCAGUGCAUGUUGGUUUUUAUACUUUAUAGCUUCCAGAGUUCGUCCUCAAUUACAGUCUGCCAUUCUUCUAUAACCUUCUUAUUCGAUGGCUGCCAGUUCUAAGUGAUAGCUGAGAGAGUGAUUUAGAAUAGAAAAGAGAGCAGCAGGCGAAGGAACAGUGAUUUUGGGUGAUGUCACAUCAAUCUCCCAGUUUUGGUAGUUGAUUGAUAGACACAGAGAGAGGGUUCGAUCGAUAGACUAAAGGAGAGAGGGGUAGAGUACCAGUUUGAUCAUAGAGAUGGAAAGAGGCUUUAUCACCUGCUCAGGACAUCAAAUUGAAGCUUGAACAGGUGAAGGAAAGUACUACCUUUUAGGCAAUCUGGAGCAGGAAGCAAGGUGAUAUGACAACACCAGCUUAAACUAAGCAACAGCAACAUGAGAUGAAUAUCCCUACACAUCGUUUAUCAUUAUGGCAACAACCAUCAAACACUCAUCAUUAUUGUAUACCUUUAGAGUUUUAGGGUUUAUCAACUUUGAUUUCAAAUUAUUGAUUCUGGGGAGAAAUUCGUGUGACAUAUCCUAAUUAUACAGCUAAAGAAUUCAAAAGCUGUACCGACCGCAAAGGCUAUGUAGUUAUGAUAUAACAGAAAUCCCCGCGGCAAAGCGCGGGCGCUAUUCCUAGUUUAUUUCAUUGCCGAGUUUACACAGUAAAAUGUGACGACAGAAACUUGAGGUCAAGCUUUCUUCCUUCCAUUCCCUCACAUCAAUCACUCAACAUAUAAAAUAUGGAGAACAAACAAUCCGGGGCUCCGAUUUCCAAUGUCUACCUUAUUUUGUAUGAGUGAUAAGGGUUUCAGGGAUGAACUAUAUUUAUGCUCACCAGCUGUUUGUGGAAAUGCAUGCUUCAUUAACUUUCUGCAUCCCAUAAGUUUGUACAUCUUCAUUGCUAUUUCUUGUGCUCAAUUUGGCUCCUUUUUCUUUCCCCACUACUGGGGUGUUUGAGAGCUAAGUUUCCUAUGCUUUCCCCAGCUGUUGCUUGUGACAUUUCUUAUUGAUUUUAUAUCUUCAUUAAAAUAGGGAACUACAAGAAAAAGGAAGGUAUCAGUUUUGUUUUCAAGCAUCUCUGAAUCUUAAUCCAUCUUGAUUCCAACUUAUCAUUGUCUUUUAUGUUAUUAGGUUCUCAUCUUUCAUUUUUCUCUGUAACGAAGAGAUCAUUGCCAUGGAAGUACCAGGUGGAGCUUUUCUCUCUUUGUUUCUUGCUGUUCUCUUUGAUAGGAUGGCUUCUGUCAUGUUCUUGACUUCAUUAGAGGACAGAAGAUUACCCCUCGGCUGCUCCAGAAGUUGAAGAUGAAGCUGUCAUCAGUUAAUGCAUUACUUGAGGAUGCAGUGGAGAAGCAACUUAAAAGAUCGAGAGUGUGGGAAUGGCUUGACGAGCUUAAAGAUGCUCUCUAUCAUGCUGAGAACCUGCUGGAUGACAACAAUACUGAAGCUCUACGCCGCAAGCUGGAAGAAGAUUCUGGAACCAGCAGAACAAGUCAGAUGUUCAAGAAAUUCACCAAAACAAAAGGAUCUUUUCUCCUUGUUUUCAUGCGUUUGAGAAAGCAGUGAACUCCCAGAUAGAGGAUGUUGUUGUGAGACUAGAAUUCAUUGCAAAACAAAAGGAUGUCCUCAAUUGGAAAGCAGAUACAAGAAUAUCACCAACUCUGCCUUCAACUUCUUUGGUAGAAGACUUUGGUCUAUAUGGGAGGGAUCGAUGAGGACAAGGAGAUAAUCAUUAAGUUAAUGUUAUCAGAUGAUUUGACAAUCAGUAAAAUAAGUGUGAUUCCCAUUGUCGGCAUGGGUGGGAUCGGGAAGACAACUCUUGCUCAGCUCGUAUACAAUGAUAGUAGAGUGAAGCAUCAUUUUGACCAAAUUUUGCGCUAGAAACUUCAUGUGCGGAACUCCAAUUCUCUCACUUUUGCCCAAGAGACUACAUGUGAGGAACUCCAAUUCCUCGAUUACAUGUACAUAUACUGCCCAAAUUUUGUUUGUUUCACUAGUGGAGGGCUGCAUGCGCCCAACUUGACGAAGAUACAUUUCGUUUGGGGCAAGAAGCUGAGGUCCUUUCUGGAAGAGAUGCACCACCUUCUCCCUUUUCUCCAAUCUGUGGAGAUAAAGUAUUGUCUGGAAUUGGAGUCAUUUCCAGAAGGAGGAUUGCCAUCAAAACUGAAAUCACUUCACGUUGAGUCACGCAGAAAGCUCAUUGCAAACUGCAUGCAAUGGGGGUUACGAAGACAUGAGUCUCGAAUACUUGCUAGUCAACUUUGGAGAUUGUGAAGAAGUAUGUUCAUUUCCAGAGGAGGGCCUGCUACCUGCCACUCUUACUUCGCUCUCCAUCUCCACUCUGUCUGGUGUUAAAAGUUAAAACAAUGGAAGGCAAAAGUUUUAGAGAGCUCAUCUCUCUUCAGAGCUUGGAAAUUCGAAGAUGCCCUGAGCUGCAGUGCUUGCCAGACAAGGACUACCCACUUGUCUAUCUCUUCUAGAGAUCUUCUAAUGUCCUUUACUAAAACAACGAUACCAAAGAGAUAAAGGGGAGGACUUGGCCAAGAUUGCUCACAUUUGUCACAUAAUGAUUGAUGGGGAACAUAUAUAACAUGGGAUUUCUUGACAAUGGUUCCAGUUUUUUGCAAAAGAUAUUUUUAAUUUGCAUGUUAUGAAGCAACUUCUACCGGUCUUCUGUUGGUUCAGUGCUAUGCUUGACAGAGAGAUUACUCCCAAAUUCAUUCUGUUGACAGUUCACCUCAUCUGCUUGUGAAUCAAGUGGUUGAUGACAGAACUCAGGUUUCCACAUCACCUACUCCCACUUAUGAGAUGUUUGUAUGUUCAUUGCUGAUCUCUCUUAUCUGCAUAUAUGUUCUACAGAAGACCACAAAUCCGUUAUCUCCUUUACCUGUGAAAUGAGAGAAUGUAGGAACUAAUAUGUUACAACCGACGAACAUUUCUUGGUAUAUUUAUAGUUGCUCUUUCAAAUUUCUGCUACCUAGAUAACUAGGUGUUCAAAUGUUGCAGGAAGCCAACGUGUUGGAAUGUUGAAAGAAUGUAUGGAAAUUAAUGCAAAAGUCUCCGUGCAUUUGCCUUGUCAUUCCUCCAGUUUGUCUCUAAUGCAUGCCUAGUGUACUGCCAUCCUGAUUUAGGAGUUCAUCAUUUUCAAGUCCUCUAUUUACGGUGUUCUUUUCUUUUCUUAAGCUUCUCGCUGAUAUAAAUUUUGGUGAUUUAAUGUAGGAAUGAGAAUUCCAUCAUGCUCCAGUUGAGACAAAGUUAUUAAAUUCAAUACUGCAGAUCACAUUGGAGUGCCAGAAGCCUCAUGCAGAAUCCGAAACAUACCAAAAUGGUUAUGGAGACGGGCAUUGAGCUACCAGUCUACUAUACUCAGAAAGCCUCGAGUGUUGAUGCUCUCUGGGAUCUUGAUUCAAAAGUUGGUGAUUGAAUUGUUCAAAUGUAGUUCUAGGCGUACCUUCUCUCUGUGAUGGUUUUGCUCUCCCUGGCCUCUUCUUUAUAUUUCUGUAGUCUCAGCUUCAGGUCUGGUCCUUGGAUCGAGUUCUUCUCGUGUGAUGUAUCUGCAGACAGGUCAUGCGUGGUUUGUUUUUGGCUACCAUGUCCUAGAUUUAGCAUUUAUGCUCCUUUUCCUUUGAAGCUUGGCUUCGUAGUGUUGCCUGUGUAUGUCUGCUUUGCCUGUCUUGCCCUUUGUGAAUAUAUAUUUGUUUUCAGUAAGCAUCAACCGUUUUCAGGUAAUUGAACCGCACAAAAAAUGAAAAAAAAAAAAAAAAAAGACUACUGCUUAACGCUGGAAAUGAGGUUAACGGUCAUCACUGGAAUUAAAUUAUUUGACAAAAGCAGGGUCUUAGUUUAGUUGAGUAGUGUUCAACGGUCACCUACCACUCUACCAGGCUACCAUCUGAUCUAAAAUUGAAUGGCUAAAUGAUAGGUGGCCAUAAAAUUCACAGUUCUCUAUAUCUUUCUCAAUCUUGCGAAUAUGGUUUAGUACUUGAAAUUACGCACUAUAUGUGUUUGUAUCUGUUUAUGCUCAAAAUAUGAGUCGAUUAUAAUCAUAGGACAGUCUCUAUGACCUCGAGUACAUAGAUCUAUCUACAGGAGAUGGUGCAGUUAGCGAAUCACAGUUCGGUAUAUCUUCCUCAUUCAUGGAGUUAAUUGUUUAAAUCUGGGUUACAAAAAUGUGUUAUCACUAACUGUUGGUUUUUCUGAGAUUGUAGAUGCUUGUUGAAAAUAAAGUUGAAACAAACUCAUAGAGUCUCAACCACUAAUGUAAUGGUUCACAGCACCAAAUCAAGUUGUUUCCUUUUGUCUUCCUUACUAAAUGGAAUCUGAGGUGUAUGUGUUAUCAGCCUUAUAGAAAGUCGUGAGAGAAAAUGUAUAUAACCCAUGACGACGGUCUAAUUAGGAACUUAGUACACAGAUACCACCAAUUAUAGGGAUUAAAUAUUUGAUGAGCGUGACAGAUGGGGAUUAAUUUACGCAUCAAAUGGGAGGGCGUUUUAUCACCUGUGCUCAAUUGGCUGCUUUCACAUUUUGCACUAGUGGGGUCUUUAACAACUAACUAUGCAUUCUGUAAUUUUCCCUUGCUUUUCUCCAAAGUAAAACAGGCUCACUCCCCUUUUCGCUCUUCUUAAGUCAACUCUCAUUCUAUUUAUUGCAAAGGAAAGUAGGAACUUUGGAGUAAACGGAGCGAAAUAGAUCACAGGAAGCUUGCAAAGGCGAUCGGAUCUGUAGCUUGUUUUGAAAGGAAAACAUGGCUCUGGAAGUUGUGGGUGGAGCUUUUCUCUCCUCUGCUCUUGCUGUUCUGUUUGAUAGGAUGGCUUCGCGUCCGGUUCUUGACUUCAUCCGAGGAAAGAAGAAUGCCGCUGGGCUGCUCCACAAGUUGAAGAUCAAGUUGUUGUCGGUUAAUAAGUUGCUCGAUGAUGCAGAGGAGAAGCAACUCAGAAACUCUAGAGUCAGGGAAUGGCUUAAUGAGCUUAAACAUGUUCUCUAUCAUGCCGAUGACCUGUUGGAUGAAAUCAAGACUGAAGCUCUGCGUUGCAAGAUGGAACAAGAAGAUUCUGGAAGCAGCAGCACAAAUCAGGUACUCAAGUUUAGUUCUAUUUCCAUUCACGAACUUGACGAAAGUCUGGAACCCAGGAUUCUGGAGAUUCUUGACAGGCUACAACUUAUUGUCGACGAAAAAGAUGUGCUUGAUUUGAAAGAGGGUGUUAAAGAUGGACCACAAGGAAGACUACCCACAACUUCUUUGGUAGAAGAGUCUAGUGUAUAUGGAAGGGAUGAAGAAAAGGAGGCCAUUAUCAAGUUAUUGUUAGCGGAUGGUAUGACUGGAAAUAAGACAGAUGUGCUUCCAAUUGUGGGCAUGGGUGGGCUUGGAAAGACCACCCUUGCUCAACUCGUAUACAACGAUGACAGAGUCAAGCAACGUUUUGCUCAUCGAUCAUGGUCUUGUGUUUCAGAAGAAUUUGAUGUUAUCAAAAUAACACAGACAAUUUACGGGGCGGUCACUUCACAAACUUGUAACAUCACAGAUCUAGACAUGCUUCAAGUUGAACUAAAGAAGACGUUGACAGGGAAGAAAUUUCUCUUUGUCCUUGAUGAUGUUUGGGACGUGAAUUUAAUGAAGUGGGAUCUCUUGAGCCGACCCUUUGAGAGUGGAGGUCAUGGAAGUAAGAUCAUUGUCACAACACGUAAUGAAGAUGUCGCAUGCAGGACGGGUACCCUUCCAAGUGAACAUCUAGUGCAACUAUCUGAGGAAAACUGCUGGUUGCUGUUCUCAAAACAUGCCUUCAAGAAUGCAGGUGUUACUGCAGAUCCGUUGCUUGAAGUGAUUGGUAAACAGAUUGCUCAAAAGUGUAAAGGACUCCCUUUAGCUGCAAAAUCACUUGGGGGUCUAUUACGUUCUGAACCAAAUAUUGAGAAAUGGCAAGAAAUAUUGAACAAUGACAUAUGGGAGUUGCAAGAUAAAGGGAAUGACAUUUUGCCAGCUCUAUGGUUGAGCUACCAUUAUCUACCUCCACAUCUGAAGCGUUGUUUUGCUUACUGUUCCAUAUUUCCUCAAGAUUAUGAGUUUUACAAAUCGAAGCUGGUUUUGUUGUGGAUGGCUGAAGAUCUCUUACCACUGAGAUCGAAGACUACAAUUGAAGAAGUCGGAGAGAACUACUUUGAUGAUCUAGUGUCAAGGUCAUUUUUUCAACAUGUACCUAAUCACUUUUCUGGUGCUGGUGAGGCAGUUUUCACAAUGCAUGACCUUAUCCAUGACUUAGCAAACUUUGUCUCCGGAGAGUUUUGUGUUAGGUUGGAGAACAAUGACUCGGUACUUGAGAAUGUCAGUAAGAGUCGCCACUUUUCGUGUAUGGAUGCAUCUGCCGUACUUCAUCAAUGGGACAGUUUGUAUGAAGCCAAGUAUUUGCGAACCUUUCUAGUAUUAAAAUCUGGUGGACUUUCCAAGUUAGAUUUUGAUAUAUUCCUGAAGCUUCAGUGUUUAAGAGUGCUCCAUUUAUCAGGGAGUGUGAUUGUUGAGCUGCCUAGUUCCAUUAGCAAGUUGAAGCAUCUAAGGCACUUGGACUUGUCUUACUUAUCAAUUAAAAAGUUACCUGAUGAAAUGUGUACUUUAUAUAAUUUGCAGACGUUGUUGUUGUCGUUUUCUGCAAAUCUAGUUGAGUUGCCAACUGAUUUGGGAAGAUUAAUCAACUUGCGUCAUCUUGAUAUUUUUGCCACAAGGAUAGAAAAGAUGCCACCAAGGAUGGGCAAAAUGAAAGAUCUCCAAACAUUAAGCGGUGUGUUCGUCCUAGACAAAUACACUGGUGAUAACAUUGUGGAGAUUAAAGAGCUUCAGCAGUUGCGCGGAACACUUCGUAUCUCGGGGCUUCGCAAUAUUGUGCAUGUCACAGAUGCCAUUAUGAGAAGGAAGAAGCAUGUGGAUGAAUUAGUUUUGGAAUGGGGAGGCAAGUCUGGUGACACCGACGAUACACAAAAAGAGAGGGAUGUGCUGGAGAACCUCCAACCUCAUACAAACCUAAAAAAACUCGCGAUUCAAUCUUAUGGCGGCACAAGAUUUCCAGGUUGGUUGGAAGAUCUUUCUAGUUUAUCUAAUCUGGUUCGUCUUCGACUUCUGGAUUGCGGAAAUUGUUUGUCGUUGCCAUCAGUUGAGCAGCUACCCUCCCUCCAAGAGCUUGAGAUUCAAGGAUUUAAUGGAGUGGCGACUGUGGGUUCUAAGCCUUUUCCUAAUCUUCGUAAGCUUCGUCUGAAAUCUUGUCCCGAGGUAACCGGGGCAUUCAUGUUAGCCUGCUUCCCAAAGCUUGAAAUACUCGAUUUGGUGGAUGUGAAUGUAGAAUCUCUUAAUUCCCCUUCACUCCUCUCCCUUGUCGAACUUACAAUAUCUUCAUGCCCAAAUUUUGUUUGUUUUCCCGAUGGAGGCCUGGAUGCGCCCAACUUGGAGACCAUCAAAGUCCAUGAAUGUUCAAAACUGAGGUCAUUGCCGCAACACAUGCACAACCUUCUCCCAUCUCUGAGGCGGUUGUUCGUACAUGAUUGUCCAGAAUUGGAAUCAUUUCCCGAAGGGGGAUUGCCGUCUAAGUUGCAAUGCUUGUACCUCGGGGGCUGCAAGAAACUCCUCAUUGGAAACCGUAUGCAGUGGGGUCUACCAACACUCACCUCUCUCUAUAUCUUGAGCGUCAACUUUGAGAGAUAUGAACAAGUUGUAGAUUCAUUUCCAGACGAGGGGCUGCUGCCCACCACUCUCUCACGACUCGACAUCUACGGUAUUUCGAAGCUGGACGGCAAGGGGUUUACACAACUCACCUCUCUUAAAGAGUUGGCGAUUCACGAUUGCUCUGAACUCCGGGGCUUGCCAGAUGAAGGGCUACCCACUUCCCUUUCUUAUCUGUUGAUCCGUGACUGUCCUUUACUAGAACAACGUUGCCAGAGAGAAACAGGGGAAGAUUGGCCCAAGAUUGCUCACAUCAAGAGCAUAUUUAUCAAUCUCUACCGUAUAUGACCUGCAAUGGCUACAUGUGCUUUGUAAUUCCCUGAGAUGAUUCCACUGUUGAGUCUCUGGAUAGAAAUUUCCUGUCGAUGUUGGACAAGGUUCUGAAUUAGUAGUGGUAACACGCGAGUACAAGACUGUGGCCAGAGGAAUGGUUGCCAAUGUAUACUGGAUUUUGUUUUCUACAAAACGAAGAAGGUAACAAAAGAGGAUGUGUGAAAAGUUUCCUGGUAUUGCUCAAUUCAUCCAUGGCUACACAUUUGUCAAGUUCCAUGGAUUUCAGGGUGCUCUACAUUAUGUCUUUAUUGUGGACCAAUCAGAGCGUUUGCAUAUAUGAAGUAUGCAAUUGCAGGUGGCUCUAGUACUUUCAGCACCAACUUCACUGUUGCCUCUCAGUUCCCUUGUUUAUUCGGUUACUGUCCAGUUUGGAGCCUCUAAGUCAUCACUUACUGAAAAGUUCUAGGUACAGUUCUGAGAAGAUCUUCUUUUCUGAAGUUUUCUUAGGUUUCAAGUGUUGAAUUAGUGGUUUGAAUAAUUUCCAUCCUGUUGAAUAAGGCUAGCUACUUAAGCCACCGUUCUUUUCUUCGGAACUUAUGCAUUGUUGAUUAUUAGAUAAAAUGAUCCCCUCCUCUCAUAAUUGGCAGGGGAAUGUUUGCUGCUGUAUAUAGGCUGGUGUUUUCUAAUAAAAGAAAACUGUCACAAACAGGAUGCGUACAAAGAAUUUCCUGAGCUGUGUAAAUAAUGCUAAGAAGUGACGCAGCGAAAUGAAUAUCAAGGAUGAUGGGGAUCCAUUUGGAAUGGAGGAGAUGGAAUUCUAUGAGGAAGUGAAAAUGGAAUAUGCAAAAGAGAAAUUAGGUGAUGAUUCUUAACAGAAGGCUGCUAUUAAGGCUUCCAAAAAAUCAAAGAAUUAAUCCUGAUGCUGCACAUGACGGGAAGCAAACUUUUGUGCUUGUUAAUUUAUUGCCGGCUUGCUGCAAGUAAAAUGGAUUCUUACUGUGCUGCAAUAUGCUUGUAGAAGAGAAGAACUGAAGCAGUAAUGAAUUUGUGAAACAAUGUUCAAAUCUUCAACUUUUUUCCCUUUUCUAUUUGCAUUUCAAUGUAAUGUUAUAAUCUUGAGAUAAUGAGAGUAGAUUACUAGACAGUCUCAUGUUAUAAUCUUCAAUUCUUGCAUCAGAAGUUUGUCUCUUAGACACUUUGGCAUAAACUUUCCGAGUUUCAAGUUUCAUAAACACUUAAACUAUUCAAACUUCUCUACU